UGUGGUCCCAGCAUGCUGUGCGCGGUCUGGGGUUGGAGCUUGGUGGGCGCCGGGUUUCCCGCAUCGCCCUGGGGUGCGUGUUUUGGGGGUCUUCUAGGGGUCUGGCCCCUCCCGCGCUGUCGGAGCCGACUCGCCGUCUUGCCCUCCUGGGGAGGGCAGGUGCACUGUACGCAGAGACCGGGAGCCACUGUGGAGACAAGCCGAGCCGUCAGGGAGGAGUGGGAGCGGUCGUCAGCGGGGGCCUUCAAGGUCUUUCUUGAUAGGAUUUCUGAAGAGCUGCACUUUCUCUGGUGGGAUUUGAACAUAAGCACCUGUCCCUACGGCAGAGCCCCCAGGUGCAUGAAGCAAAAGCUGACGUAAUUUAAGGAAGGCAGACAACUCAACAGUAGUACGUGCAUAAUUUUGCAACGCUUUGCUUUCUUCUGCUUCACAGAUAUUGCGUUUUUUACAAAUUGAAGGUUUGUGGUAACCCUGCAUGGAGCGAGUCUGUCGGCACUAAUUUUUGCAGCAGCCUUUGCUCACUUCCUAUCUGAGUGUCACAUUGUGGUAAUUCAAGCAAACUUUUCCGUCGUUACUGGUUACGCUGAUCUGUGAUUGGUGGCCUUCCGUGUUGCUGUUGUAGUUUUGGGGCGCUGACAGCCGCGCCCAGGUAAGGCAGGGAACUUAACUGAUAAAUGUUGUGAGCGUUCUGACUGCUCCACUGACGUGCGUUUCGUGUCUCAGUAUCUCUCCUCGGGCCUCCCUAUUCCCUAGGACGCAACAAUAUUGAAAAUAGGCACAUUAUUAAUCCUACGAUGGCCUCUACGUGUUCAAGUGAAAGGAAGAGUCGCACGUCUCUCACUUUAAAUCAAAAGUUAGAAAUGAUUAAGCUUAGUGAGGAGGGCCUGUCGAAAGCUGAGAUAGGCCGAAAGCUAGGCCUCUUGCGCCAAACAGUUAGCCAAGUCGUGAACGCAAAGGACAAGUUCCUGAAGGAAGUUAGCAGCGCUACUCCGGUGAACACACGAAUGAUCAGGAAGCGAAACAGCCUUAUUGCUGAUAUGGAGAAAGUCUUAGUGGUCUGGAUAGAAGAUCAGACCAGCCACAGCAUCCCCUUAAGCCAAAGCCUAAUCCGGAGCAAAGCCCUAACGCUCUUCAACUCUAUGAAGGCUGAGAGAGGUGUGGAAGCUGCAGAAGAGAAGUUUGAAGCUAGCAGGGGUUGGUUCAUGAGGUUUAAAGAAAGAAGCCACCUCCAUAAUGUAAAAGUGCAAGGUGAAGCAGUAAAUGCUGAUGUAGAAGCUGCAACAAGUUAUCCAGAUCUAGCUAAGAUAAUUAAGGAAGGUGGCUACACUACACAACAGAUUUUCAAUGUUGAUGAAACAGCCUUAUAUUGGAAGAAGAUGCCAUCUAGGACUUUCAUAGCUAGAGAGGAGAAGUCAAUGCUUGGCUUCAAAGCUUCAAAGGACAGGCUGACUCUCUUGUUAGGGGCUAAUGCAUCUGGUGACUUGAAGUUGAAGCCAAUGCUCAUUUACCACUCUGAAAAUCCUAGAGCCCUUAAAAAUUAUGCGAAAUCUACCCUACCUGUGCUCUAUAAAUGGAACCACAAAGCCUGGAUGACAGCACAUCUGUUUACAACAUGGUUUACCGAAUAUUUUAAGCCCACUGUUGAGACCUACUGUUCAGAAAAAAAGAUUCCUUUCAAAAUAUUACUGCUUAUUGACAAUGCACCUGGUCACCCAAGAGCUCUCAUGGAGAUGUACAGUGAAAUUAAUGUUGUUUUCAUGCCUUCUAACACAACGUCCAUUCUGCAGCCCAUGGAUCAAGGAGUAAUUUCAACUUUCAAGUCGUAUUAUUUAAGGAACACAUUUCGUAAGGCUAUAGCUGCCAUAGAUAGUGAUUCUUCUGAUGGAUCUGGGCAAAGCAAAUUGAAAACCUUCUGGAAAGGAUUCACUAUUCUAGAUGCCAUUAAGAACAUCCGUGAUUCAUGGGAAGAGGUCCAAACAUCAACAUUAACAGGAGUUUGGAAGAAGUUGAUACCAGCCCUCAUAGAUGACUUUGAGGGACCCAAGACUUCAGUGGAGGAAGUAACUGCAGAUGUGGUGGAAAUAGCAAGAGAACUAGAAUUAGAGGUGGAGCCUGAAGAUGUGACUGAAUUGCUGCAAUCUCAUGAUAAAACUUUAACAGAUGAGGAGUUGCUUCUUAUGGAUGAGCAAAGAAAGUGGUUUCUUGAGACAGAAUCUACUGGUGAAGAUGCUAUGAAGAUUGUUGAAAUGACAACAAAGGACUUAGAAUAUUACAUAAACUUAGUUGAUAAAGCAGCGGCAGGAUUUGAGAGGAUUGACUCCAAUUUUGAACGGAGUUCUACUGUGGGUAAAAUGCUUUCAAACAGCAUUGCGUGCUACAGAGAAAUCGUUCAUGAAAGGAAGAGUCAAUUGAUGUGGCAAACUUCACUGCUGUCCUAUUUUAAGAAAUUGCCACACCAACCCCAGCCUUCAGCAGCCACCGACCUGAUCAGUCAGCAGCCAUCAACAUCCAGGCAAGACCCUGCACCAGCAAAAAGAUUACGACUCACUGAAGGCCCAGAGAAUGGGAGACAGUAUCAGGAUUGAUUCGAAUUCUUGGACAUCCUGCUGGCAUCUGAGAAUUUCUUGUUGG